UAGACGAUGAACCUGCCUUCGAAGGUGCACAGCGUGCGGACACGCCUCGUGGCGAUGUUUUCGAUGCCCGAUUUGCUGGCAUUGGCCUGCCUGUGGGCGAGUGGUUUCUCCUUGGGCUACUACUCAAAGUCCGCGUAUGUGUACGACAAUCUGUGGCCACACUGGUACGCUCUGGUGGGCGGCGCCGUCACCUUAGCCCUGGCCCUGGGCUGGACCCUGCGGAAGCACAAGAGGCAGAAGUACAGUUACGAUCACUACUACGUCAUCUUCUACGGCCUGUUGUGCUCGCUGAUGGGGAGCUGCUUCAUGCUCACCAAGCAGUUGGCCGUUAGCUACUACUUCCACUUCGUGGGCCUGAGCGUCGUGUACCUGGCGGGCUUUAGCUACGUGAGCCUGCGAUGCGACGCCUCGGGACUGCGACCCGCCAGGAUCGCCCUGGCGAACGCCCUGCAUGCCUGCGGCCUGGCCAGCGGAUUUGUGGUCUUCAACGAGAUGGAACCGCAGCGCUGCGGGCUGAUUACCCUCGGGAUCGACCUGCUGCUGGUUUCUGUGGUGUGCCUCAACGAGCUGCUGCAGCACCUGGGCUGCCACAACUACAAGGAGUCGCCGGACCUGGUCUUCAACCUGCUGAACGAAGAGCGGAUGGUGUUCCUGCCCCGUCAGGCGGUGCUCGCACAGUUCGUGGGACGCACCGACUACCGGCUGCUGGCCGACAGGCAGUGGCUGGUCCUGGUCCUCGGGGGCUUCCUGGUGGUGCUGCAGAGGAGCUGCCUGCUCUUCUCCCCCACCUACCUGCAGCUGAUGUGGAGUGCCACCACGGGCUAUGUGCAGCGGACGCAGCUCUUCACGCCGUUCGUCCUGUACGCCGGCGGCUGUGGUCUCGGGGCUCUGCUGCUGAUGCGCUACACCCCCAAGCUGGUGUACCUCCUCUUUGGGGUCAUCCAAGUCACGCUGAUCGUGGCCCUGCUGUGCAUCUACAGCGAGGAGCAGUCGGAGCACUGCUUCCUCUUCCUGUGCCUCAUCUACGCCACCGUGGGCGUCCUCUCCAGCCAGGCCCUCCACUGGCUGCUCGAGUGCUCGCCCUUCCUCUACACGGAGCUGGCCCUGGCCACCGGCUUCGUGCUGCAGCUGGGCAUCCUCGAGGGCCACAAGUACGAGGCGAAUGUGGAUGACACUUGGACGGCCCUGCUGGCGGUCAGUGUGGUCUCGCUGGUGCUCACCUCUCUGGCCGUCCCCGUGGUGCAGUGGCUGCAGCCCUACUCCGCCAGCCUCGUGGACGUGCGCAAUCGCCUGCUGGGCAUACGACGCCUCUCCUCCGCCGCGGAACAGACGCAGUUCUGGGCGACGAACCACUUCCUGGCCCACAACAAACCGCCCCACGAGCUGCAGUCCGUGCGGCUGUCCAAGAGUCGCAUCUUCCAGCAGUAUCCGAUUAGUGGCCUCAUCGACACCCCCGACAGUCCCAAGCUGAAGUUCUGACAACAAAGUGCUUUACUUUCCAAUCCCUCAUUUCUUUCCGCCAUUACUCAUCGAUGGCUUCCCCAUUGUUUGCGAUGGAAAAUGAAGCAUUACUCUUGCUAAUUCCCUGGAAAACUAAUUUCCUUUGACCACAAGCUAAUGAUAAUUUUUACCAUCAAAUAUUUACGAGAAUAAUCUGCAGCUGCGUUGCUGGGUUGCUGGGUUGCUGGCUUGCUGGGAUACAAAUCUGCUGCAAGCCUUUACCCAACAAAAGAUUAUUAAUUAUUUAUGAGCAGCAUUAUAUUAUUCUCCAGCGUCUCCGCUAAAAACCUGCUCUCGAGGAAACAAUGUUAAUGAUUUUUAUUGAUUUUUAAGCAAAUUAAAUUGUGCGUAAAACCGCAAACUGAA